AUGGGUUCUUUAAUUGAUCUUAAUCUCUACCCUGAUCCUCCUAACACCACCACUAUCGCCACCGGCUACGCCGAUACUGCUGCAAUCUCGAUCAUCCCGAAAGUUGAACCCAAACUGGAACCUCUCGAUGAAUCAGUUGAUGUCCCACCAGAAUCCAACUCUAACCCUAUUUUGGGUCUCAUUUCACAGCCGACCACAGCACUAGUCGAACAUUCCGAAGUAGACGAAAACAAUGUCUAUUCAGAAUACAAUAGGAUAUCGGAGAUGUUUCGAACGGCAUUUGCUAAGGACAUGGAGACGUACGACGAAAUUCAAGCCACGGAUCCUGACGCGCAAGCAAUCGUGCCGGUUCCCGAAGAAAACCAACUUUCUACCGUCGUUGUGCCGUCUCGCCGGAAGAAUCCAUCAAGGUCGUCGGAAUUGGUUAGAGUUACAAACCUUGGAAUCGAGGACGAGAGGUACUUUCGAGACGUGGUAAGGAAAACGAGGAUGAUUUAUGAUUCGCUUAGGGUAUUAGUCGUUAUGGCAGACGAUAAACGUAGGUCUUUCGGAAUCGUCUCUACUCCCCGUGCCCGGGGCGAUCUGAAAGCUUCUGCGGUGAUGAAAGACCGCGGCCUAUGGUUGAAUCGAGACAAGCGGAUUGUUGGGGAGAUUCCUGGGGUUCACGUCGGCGAUGUAUUCUUUUUCAGAAUGGAAUUAUGCGUUGUGGGGAUGCACGGCCAAGUGCAAGCAGGGAUUGAUUACUUAACCUCGAAUCAGAGCUCCAAUAGGGAACCGAUUGCCACCAGUGUGAUUGUUUCCGGUGGGUAUGAAGAUGAUGAAGAUGCUGGCGAUGUUAUUGUCUACACUGGUCAUGGCGGACAAGAUAAGAAUAACAAGCAAGUCGUUCAUCAGAAAUUGGAAGGUGGGAAUCUUGCGAUGGAAAGAAGCAUGCAUUAUGGAAUCGAGGUAAGAGUAAUCCGUGGGUUUAAGUAUGAAGGUAGUCCCAGUGGGAAAGUUUACGUUUAUGAUGGACUUUACAAAAUCAUCGAAGCUUGGUUUGAUGUGGGUAAAUCUGGUUUUGGAGUGUAUAAGUUCAAGCUUGUUAGAAUGGAAAACCAAACUGAAAUGGGUAGUGCACUUCUUAAACUUGCAGAGAAUCUUAGGACAAAACCUUUAGAGGUUAGGCCUGUUGGAUAUGUUAGCUUUGAUAUAUCAAUGAAGAAAGAAAACAUCCCAGUGUUUCUAUUCAAUGACAUUGAUAGCAAUCACGAACCAAUGUACUAUGACUAUUUAAAGACAACUGUUUUCCCCCCUUUUGUGUAUCAUCACGUAGGAGGUGGGUGCAUGUGUGUCGCGGGAUGUUCAAAAGAUUGUUUUUGUGCUCAGAAGAAUGGUGGUGAGUUUGCUUAUGAUUCAAACGGUCUUCUUGUGAGAGGGAAGCCACUGAUAUUCGAAUGUGGACCUUUCUGCCGUUGUCCUCCUAAUUGUCAAAACCGUGUAAGCCAAAAGGGUGUGAGAAACCGUUUUGAAGUUUUUAGAUCAAGGGAAACCGGUUGGGGAGUUAGAUCACUAGAUUUGAUACAAGCGGGUUCUUUUAUUUGUGAAUAUAGUGGGCUUGUUCUUACAAGAGAGCAAGCACAACUUUUUACCAUGAAUGGUGAUAGUUUAAUUUAUCCGAAUCGAUUCAGUGAGAGAUGGGCAGAAUGGGGUGAUUUGAGUCAAAUAUUUUCUGAUUAUGUAAGACCAUCAUACCCUUGUGUCCCUCCUUUGGAUUUUGCGAUGGAUGUUUCAAGAAUGAGGAAUCUUGCGUGUUAUAUGAGUCACAGUUCAUCUCCAAAUGUGUUGGUGCAGUUGGUGUUGUAUGAUCACUCGAAUCUUGCGUUUCCUCAUCUUAUGCUUUUUGCUAUGGAGAAUAUUCCUCCAUUACGAGAGCUUAGUGUUGAUUAUGGACAGGCUGAUGAACUCUUGGAUGCAUCAUGUUCUGAGGUACAAGGUGUAGAAGCCUAAAAUAUGUUGUGUCAAAAGAUUUGCAACCUUUUCAAGAAAAGGCUUCACCAAUUUCGUGUCCUGUUGUCAAAUUGUGAGCAAAUUUCAACAUCUGAUGGGAAUAAUACAUUCAGACAUUUUCAGAGAUAAAGUAGGUGUAUGCAAUUGCUGACAAGUUUAGAUACAUGUAUGUAGAAUGUAGUAUGUUUUAUUGUAGACUUUCAUAUGUUAGGAUCACCAAUCUUAGUGGUUUAAUGUGAUAAUAUUAGCGUGUAUAUAUUAAGUUCCUAUUUAUUACAAUUUUAGUAGAGCAACUGUAUCCGACAUCUUCAAAUGAGUUGUUUCUGGUC